AUGGAGGACCGUCGUCAGUCCAUCAGGCAGAGCGGUAUUCCACGAUCAUCUCGCCUCCCAACUCUUCGACCAUCACAGAGUGUCUCGGCCCUUCGACCUCCACCCUCGACCGAGCAGUCAAACCGCAGCAAUGGAACUAUACACAACCCCAAGCUUCGUUCGGCCCCGUCCCACGACCGCCUGGGAAGCUUGGGAAACACAACAUCUGUCUCGGCUGGAAAUCGCAAGCCCGAGACGCCUUCUCGAGCUUUUCGACUUCAAAGCAAACCGCUACCACCGCCCCCGAGAAGCUUUGUCGGCCCUCGGUCCUCGAGCAUAACUCGAGUUCCUGCCUCGAGCACCUCGCCUGUUGCUUCUGAAGCGUCACAAUCUUCUGUACCCACUGCAACUCCUUCUCCGCCAGCGGAGCAGCCUCUCUUUAAAAGGAGAACGACUCUGACCAGGCGGCCUUCUGAUGUUACCAAGGGGAACUUUACAACCCCAAGCAAGGACCGGUCUUCCUUGGAGCCUUGGGCAUCUUCAGUUCCGAUGGACCUGCCACCAAUGCCAAGCAAUUUCGCUAUUGAAGAGGAAACAUCGACGACCCAAACGAUCAAAGCAAAAACACCCCGCUCAAGACCAUCGCUAUCAGAGAGAACAAUCGAGACGCUCUCUCAAAUACCCUCCUCGCCCGCAAACAGGGGGAGAAGACCUUCGGCUUUCUUCGAACCUCCUUCUGCAACUCGCUCAGGUUCCAGACCUGCAUCCCGCAGCUCGCUCAGCUCGCGACCAGGCUCAAGCUACCGGAACGAAGGGUUCAACCGGCCAGCCUCAAGGUCGAAAUCACAAACAAGGCCUACUUCCAGCCAUAGGAUAGAAGAUUCUGGUCCGGCUUCAUUCCGAGCUUCAAUUAGUCACAUGAAUAACUACAAAACACAGCUUGCUCCCAUUAACGGCACACCGCCAACGCAAGAAAAACCCCGGAUGGGAGUCAAGACUACGCGUGCCCCUGCGACUAGGGUUCUAGGCCGUGGAGAUGCAACACGACCUCCCACCCAGGGCAAGAUGCCCCCACCCGCCUCCAAAACGCUACCCAGAGCGUCUAUCAGUAAACUUCCGGAAUCUCUCAGAACCCCUAGUCCAGAGAAGCAGCAGCAGGUCCAGUCGAACGAAAACAAGCCUAUUACAAAGACAAUGCCACUGAGGCCCCCCAAGCAACGCCCGUCGCUGAACGGGCUGUUUAGAAAACCUCCAGCUCUCGCCCCGGACAACCAGAACGUGGGAGCGACUCCCUCCAAAGUCACUCGCAAGACUUCACUUGUUUCUCACAGGUCAUCUACUACCUCGGGCGAUGACACUGUGCAGUCUGGACCCUCGCCAACAUCCACUGCGACCACGGUUGAUACGAACGAGCCAGCACCCGCGGCGACUUUUAGAAAGUCUUCUGCAGCCCUAAGGGAUCAAAUCGCAAAGGCAAAGGCAGCCAAGAAGGCCACCACCCAGCUUGAAGUCGACCCAAAGAAAAUGCCCAGCGUAGGAAGACAUCCUCUCAGAUCACCGCUCAUACCAACCGACACCUCCUUUGACUUUGGUCUGUCAGAUAAUCCGUUUAAUCAGCCUCAAGCAGACAGCGCGUCCCAGAACAAGGUAUUGGAAGGUCUGCUGGCCACCGCACGGACUAGUGGCAGGCUCAACAUUGCAGCCCUUGGUCUUCGCGAGAUCCCUGCCCAAGUUCUCAAAAUGUACGACUCGGAAGCCAUGGGUAUAAACGAUGGAUCAUGGGCAGAGACCGUGGAUCUCACUAGGUUCGUUGCGGCCGAUAACGAGCUGGAGAUGAUUGAGGAUGCCGUGUUCCCUGAUAAGGAUCCACAGUCUUUGGCCGACGACGAGGACGGGCAAGGCAUGAUUUUUGGAGGCCUCGAAACUCUCGAUUUGCAUGGAAACAUGCUCAUCUCUCUGCCAAUGGGCCUGAGACGUUUGCAGUACCUGACAUCUUUGAACCUGUCUUCGAACCGAAUCACGAACGGCUCCUUCGAGGUCAUUUCUCAGAUUCCGUCACUUCGUGACCUCAAACUUGGAGGCAAUCUCUUUUAUGGACCGUUGGACAACUCCUUCACGAGCCUUGUCAACCUUGAAACCGUCGACUUGCAUGACAACAACAUCACAGCUCUUCCGGCCGGAAUGGUAAACAUGCGCAAGCUUCGCAUUUUGAACCUUGGCGAGAACAGCUUUGAGUCUUUGCCUCUCACGACUCUUGCACAGCUCCCACUUACCGAGCUGGUCGUUCGCAAGAAUAAGCUGAGCGGCGUGCUCAUAGAUGACGCAGAUGCGAUUUUCCAGACCUUGCAGGUUUUGGACGUUUCCUCGAACCAGCUUACUCACAUUUUGCCUCCCGGAAGUAGCUCAAUACUCGCCAUGCCAUCCCUUCAUCAGAUGUGUGUAUCGAUGAACAGGCUCCAGGAGUUACCCAGCCUCGGCAUGUGCGCCAACUUACUCACCUUGAAUGCGGACGAAAAUAGCAUUACCGAUGUUCCAAACGGAUUGACGGGCCUUGUCAAACUACGACAUGUGGACUUUUCGAGCAACGACUUGCGCAUCAUCCCGCCGGAGAUAUCUCGCAUGGACAAUUUGAACAUGUUCAGGCUCAGUGGCAACCCGCUUCGGGACAAGAAGUUCUGCUCUAUUACUACGGAGGAGCUGAAGGACAUUUUAGCUACUCGCUUGGAUCCCGACCCGAUACUGGAUGAACCUGAAGCCACCUUUAGUAAUCUCUUGCCAUCGGCAGUGGUAUCAAGCCCAAAAACCCCAGCAGUCCCAGUGACACGUUCAAGGAUGAACUCCAUUCCAAAACAUAUCGAAGAAGCGGAUGAGGUCCGAUCUGAAAUGAGCGACAAGUUUGCGACGCCGCCUACAUCGGCUCCUCAAUCGCCAGCCGCGCGUUCACGGUCACAUACAUUGUCCAGCGAGCAAUGGACGGUAAGACCGGGCGGCCUGCUAGAUAGGUCGAACACACAAUCCUCGGCUCUUCAUCCUGUGUCAUGCUCUCGUGUCGCCAACGAACAUAACGUGCGCGAAGUUCAGCUUCAUCACAAUCUUUUCUCGAUCAUACCCGAAUCCCUUACUUUCUUUUCUCACACCCUUGUGUCUUUGUCUCUUUCACAUAACCAGCUUAUGGGGGAGUCAUACAUGGGAGACAUGGCCGCCAGCGGUGGUGGACUGAAGCUGGAGCUUCUUGCGCUCAGGGAGCUGAAUCUGUCUUCGAAUCACAUUACCAGUCUGGCUCCUUUGAUGUCGAACUUGAUCAGCCCGGGACUCCAAAAGCUAGACGUGAGCACUAACCGUAUUGCAGCCCUUCCAACUGGGACUGGAUUAAGGGAUGUAUUUCCAGAGCUGUCAGUAUUGCUCAUUGCCAACAACCACUUGGCGGAUUUGGAGCCCGAGGCCAUAAAGGGCAUGCGGAUAGUUGACGCUUCCAAUAACGACAUUGCCCAUCUCAACCCCCGGAUUGGGCUUCUUGGUGGGAUCGAGAAUGGAACUUUGGAGCGUCUGGAUGUCAUGGGCAAUCGGUUCCGCGUUCCCAGAUUUAAUGUUCUUGAGAGAGGCACCGAUGCUACACUGAGGUUCCUCCGGGGUCGCGUGCCUAUCGCUGAAAUGGCAGCAUGGAGGGAGGCAAGGGGUGUGGCUGUGAGCAGUGAGGACUGCGAUGCGUUCGAUGACAGCAUAAUCGAGUAA